CUCCUCGGAUUCAGAGCUGAUGAGUAUCCUGUUAGUUACUGAUUCUCCUCGGAUACAGAGCUGAUGAGUAUCCUGUUAGUUACUGAUUCUCCUCGGAUUCAGAGCUGAUGAGUAUCCUGUUAGUUACUGAUUCUCCUCGGAUUGCUGACUUUUAAUUCUCUCUCUCUCUCUCUGAAAAAUAACAAUAUAUCGACCCAGUUUAGUCUCUGUAUACCUAAUGUUUUAUUUUAUUUUACUGCAAUAGUGCUAAGCAUGAUUUGAAGAGGCCUUAGACUACUGUCCACCUUAACGUGUGGGUCCAGUUAUGUUUAGAACAACCUACAAGAGAACAAAGAGAGACUAACAGCACGCAGGUGACAUGCAGGGAGGGGCUGACGUGUUGAGCGUGGAACUGCAAGAGAGGGGUUUAAAUAUGCAGUGCAGUCUAGUCUACACAGAUUACCUUUCGCUGUCCGUUUGAGCUGCCUAUUUACCCUGAAGAGAAGAAUUGAACGGUCAGAGUGAGUGAUUAGAGCACUAGAGCCGUGCUGCAGAUCCUACUGACAAUACCUGAAGACUGCCUUAUCUUGGUGAAAGUGAAGGAACAAAGAUGGAAUCUGUUUACAUUAAACAGGAGGAGGUUGUGGAACUGGCACCUAUCUGCAUUAAACAGGAGAUGCCUGAACUGGAGCCUGUCCACAUUAAAGAAGAGACUGAACUGGAGCCUGUCCACAUGAAAGAAGAGACUGAACUGGAGCCUGUCCACAUUAAAGAAGAGACUGAACUGGAGCCUGUCCACAUUAAAGAAGACACUGAACUGGAGCCUGUCCACAUUAAAGAAGAGACUGAACUAGAGCCUGUCCACAUUAAAGAAGAAGACAAUGAACUGGAGCCUGUCCACAUUAAAGAGGAGACUGAACUGGAGCCUGUCCACAUUAAAGAAGAAGACAAUGAACUGGAGCCUGUCCACAUUAAAGAAGAGCCUGAACUGGAGCCUGUCCACAUUAAAGAAGAGCCUGAACUGGAGCCUGUCCACAUUAAAGAAGAGGAGACUGAACUGGAGCCUGUCCACAUUAAAGAAAAGACUGAACUGGAGUCUUUCUGCAUUGAAGAGGAGUCUAUUGACUUGCUGUUUAAGGAUUCAGAAAACACAUCCCUGCCAAAGAUAUCACAUCAAUGUACUGAAUGUGGGAAGAACUUCAGUCAGUUAAGAAGCCUAAAAAGACACCAGAGAAUUCAUACUGGAGAGAAGCUGCAUCACUGCAGUGACUGUGGGAAGAGCUUCAGUCAGUCAGGACACCUAAAAUCACACCAGCGAACUCACACUGGAGAGAAGCCGCAUCACUGUGCUGACUGUGGGAAGAGCUUCAUUCGGUUAGGAAACCUAAAACAACACCAGCGAAUUCACACUGGAGAGAAGCCAUACCACUGUUCUGAAUGUGGAGAUUGCUUCAGUAUGUCAGGAAGCCUAAAAAGACACCAGCGAAUUCACAGUGGAAAGAAGCCGUAUCAUUGUGUUAAAUGUGGGAAGAGUUUCAGUCUCUCAGGAAACCUAAAAAGACACCAGAGAAUUCACGCUGGAGAGAGGCCGCAUCACUGCUCUGACUGUGGGAAGAGCUUCAGUCAGUUAGGACACCUAAAAUCACACCAGCAAACUCACACUGGAGAGAAGCCACAUCACUGCUUUGACUGUGGGAAGAGCUUCAGUCGGUAAGGAAGCUUAAAAAACACAGGUGAAUUCACACUGGAGGGAAGCUAUAUCACUGCACUGAUGGUGGGAAGCGCUUCAUUCAGUUAGGAAGCCUAAAACAACACCAGAAAAUUCACAGUGGAAAGAAGCAGUAUCACUGUACAAAAUGUGGCAAUACAUUUGCUUUCUGUGGUUAAGUGAAAAGACAUAAAUGCCAGUUUUGAAAAUGCAGAUGAAGCUGAUAGAAAUCAAUAUUCCAGGCAGUGUUACAAUGGUCCUUGUUUUCGGUCCUUCCAGUCCAGGUCUUUGCUUCAACCAGAUUGUAGAUUCAUGAAUCAACCUUCUUAUAAAUCAUUCAGGACCUAAUUGGAAGCGAGGACCACUGCUUUAUACCAAUCAAACCUGUGUGAUGCUCCAGUGAUAUUUUUUGAAAGGAAUCCUGUCUAUGUGCCAGCCUAAGGGUGUUUAAUCAUGCUUUAGCAUAAAUGUGAGAAUGAGUGUGUGCCAAAGCAGCUGUGCUUGCAUUUUAAUCAGUAGUAUAAGUAGGCUAUGACUACCUGCAACCUUUAUGAAUUGUGUAUGAACCUGAAUAUGGUUACUAUUAUGGGCGGUAUCAAUUUCAUUAAUAGGGGUAAUGAAUACUACAUGAAUAACAUCAUGAAUAAGGGCCGGCAUGACGACAUGAAUAGGCCACAUGGUUAUGUUUGAAUGCAGGUCCUGUUUACAGUCGGUUUUACAAGCAGCUCAAAAGCGAGGCAACAUCCCACCAAUAUGCAUUUUUAUGUGUGGUCGGAUUGGCAGGCUCAUCAAACCAUGUGAAUGGGGUAGCAUUUGGCUGAAUACUUUUAAUAUACCUGUAUCUCAAAAAGUAUAGCAAAUUAAGGAACCACACUUGGCAUACACAUAGUCCCAGGGGUGUAGAUGUGCAGCGGGGUAUUAAUAUUUUUUGGGGAUCCUAGUUUUACAGAAACUGAACCCCAAAGAUAACGGUCUGACGUCACUGCUGCCUGACGUUGUUGCUAGGCAGGGACUUGCGACUGUUCCAUUGCACAGAAUAGGGAGACAUGGAAUAUAUAGUUCAGCACACACGGGUCACAUCUGCGUUUCUGUCUGGAUUAAAACUGGUAAUCUGUGAUAAUAUUUUUUUAUUUGUUUGUGCCUUCAACACUGGGGAAACUAAUAAUAAUUUGUUAAUUUAUGAAAUACGAUUUUCAUUUUCCCCUCUCUCUUUUGUUGUUAUGGUACGGUCAGGAGUUCAAUGAUACCGUUCCAUUCCACAAAUAAAUCUAUGCUGCUGUCAGUAUUAAAACUGUUAAGAAAUUCUCUGUGCUAUUAAAUAAUAAAAUGAAAGUGACCCUGUGUGUAGUGUUACUUAUUAUACAAUUGGAUUAAACUGGUGGGGGUGCAGCCUCUAGCAUGUAUCAGGGCAGCAGUGUGGAGUAGUGGUUAGGGCUCUGGACUCUUGACCAGAGGGUCGUGGGUUCAAUCCCCAGUGGGGACACUGCUGCUGUACCCUUGAGCAAGGUACUUUACCUAGAUUGCUCCAGUAAAAACCCAACUGUAUGAAUGGGUAAUUGUAUGUAAAAAAUAAUGUGAUAUCUUGUAACAAUUGUAAGUCGCCCUGGAUAAGGGCGUCAGCUAAGAAAUAAAUAAUAAUAAUAAUAAUAGUACAGCAACUGCAAGCAAUGACACUGUUACAGUACAGAUUUCUGUCAGAGGUACUGAUGUGCACAUUUAGCAAAGUUGAACAAUAACAAAAUGUUA